AUGGCCUCCGUCGUAGAACCGACCACUGCUCAGCCAACACCCAUGGAUGUAGACGCACCACUAGCUCCCGUAGACGACGGCCCCGUUCCGCUCUCCUUCCCCGCUCUCCUGAGAAACUCAGGUCUAUCCAGCCGCUACGCUUAUCUUCAACCUACCCGCGAACAAGUAUCCAGGUCUGCCUCCUCUCCAGCAGCUCCCAAGAAAGCUCUUCGUAGAGACGACAACGAAGGUAAACGCUGGCUACGACGGAAGGAGAAUGCCCGGUUUACGGGCAAUCCACACAUUGCGGCACCGAGUAAGAGGGAUAUGAUGCCUUCCAUGCCAAACAAGGUCCCGACGUUCCCUGUCCCAUUACCGCCUUAUCUGCCACGGAGCGUCUCACUACCAAACACUAUCCCGCCUUCUCCCUCGCCACACGAUGCUAAUGCCGGUCGAUUCAGCCUUUCUCUCAAAGGAAUGCGUCGAACGCUUCGUAAAGCGGGGCCGCAGACCCAGCUGUUAGUACAGGACGUCGAAGAGACCCUCAUGAUGUGGCUAAGCGAGGGAGGAGUCAUGCUGCAGCCUGACGGAGGUAAUAAUGGUGAGGAUGGUGUCGAGUAUCCUGGUAAUAUGGUUGGAGGUCAGGAGGGGGUACGGGAAGUGGAGAGGACGCCGUUGAGAUUGGUUUGGUGGAUUGAGGAUAGCUGGGUCCGGUAUGUCGUGCACUGUUGCGCUCGGUACCAUGAAGUCGUCAGCUUCAGCAAAGAUACACCGACCCACCGUCUCACGCAUCUCCUCCGUCCGAAUGUCACUCGUCCAGACCACCUCGCCCGCGCCCGUGCCUCUCUCGACACGCCACCUUCAACGGACCUCGAAGUCUCAUCCCUAGCAUCUUACGAUUCCGACCUCGUCUCCGCCUUCUCAGAAGAAAGCGGCAUGUCUGACAUUCCAUCCGAAUCCGAACCCGAAUCCGACGUCGGACCCGGUCACGAGCUAUCUCUGAACUCGGACCGGCGACGGCCUCUGGAUACAUUAUCUGAUAUUACCUCUUCAGAUGGAGGUGCAGAGGCUGAUGUUGAGCAUGAACAAGCUGGAGGUUUAGGUGUCGGAUCUAAUCCAGCCUACUCAUCCUCCCGCGACUCCAUAUCCUCUCUCGCCCGUAUCGCUCGUCUUGAAGCAGACGCCUGGUCCGUCUCCGGUGGCAGCGAUCACGAACUCGAACAUGGCGUCGAAUCCCUUUCACUCUCCGAUCCCGACCACGCUGUACCAGUCCCAGUCUUCACCUCUCACAAUUUGACCGAAACCAUCACGCCGGUCGAGGCCGAAGUUGAACGUACGGACAAUGAAGAGACUCCUCGCGCUCGGAGGACAGCGGCGUCUUUCAGAUCGAGGAGUGCUUGGGAUAGGAUGAGGUCAGGGUCUUCGCCUUCGAGGUCCCCGGCUAGACGAGGCGCACGGAGGAGGGUGACACAGGUACACGCCCCUCCACCGCCUGUCGUGCAGAUAAAGCGCAGUGGGGACAAGAGGAGUUUUUACGAAUAUUUGUUUGACUGA